ACCGCGCCCCGCACCGGCACCACGAUGCUCCGCCAAGGGGCCCUCGCGGAGCUGCUGCUGGUGCUGCUGGGGCUGAAGGUGCCUGGGGCUGCCAGCUGCCCCACCGACUGCGUCUGCUAUCCUUCACCCAUGACCGUCAGCUGCCAGGCCCACAACUUUGUCACCAUCCCCGAGGGCAUCCCCGAGGACAGCGAGCGGAUCUUCCUGCAGAACAACCAGAUCACCCUGCUGCUGCGGGGCCACUUCAGCCCCUCCAUGGUCACCCUCUGGAUCUACUCCAACAACAUCACCUUCAUCGACCCCAACACCUUCGAGGGGUUUGUCAACCUGGAAGAGCUGGACCUGGGGGACAACCGCUACCUGAGGGCUUUGGCAGCCAACACUUUCCAAGGGCUGGUGAAACUCCAUGCCUUGUACCUGUACAAGUGUGGGCUCAGCUCCCUUCCCAGUGGGAUUUUUGGUGGCCUCCACAACCUACAAUACCUUUACCUGCAAGACAACCACAUUGAGUUCCUCCAGGACGACAUUUUUGUUGACUUGGUAAACCUCAGCCAUCUUUUUCUCCAUGGAAACAAGCUUUGGAGCCUCCACCAGAACACGUUCCGGGGGUUAAUAAACCUGGACAGGCUCCUCAUCCAUCAGAAUCAGCUGCAGUGGAUUCACAGGCGGGCGUUCCACGACCUCCGGCGACUGACCACCCUGUUCCUGUUCAACAACAGCCUCUCGGAGCUGCAGGGGGACUGCCUGGCCCACCUGGGGGCCCUCGAGUUCCUCAGGCUGAACGGAAACCCCUGGAGCUGCGACUGCAAGGCCCGCUCGCUCUGGGAAUGGCUGCACCGUUUCCGGGGCUCCAGCUCCAACGUCAUCUGCGAAUCCCCCGAGCGGAUGCACGGCAAGGACCUCAAAGUGCUGAGGGCGGAAGAUUUUAGGAACUGUUCGGGCUCGGAGUCGCUCCACCAGAUCAAAACUUUCUCAGCUGCAGACAGAGGAGCCUCCAAAGCCCACCAUCCCCACCACUCCUCCAAGGAGAAGGGUGGCGAGAAGGGUUUGCACAGCAGCCAUCCUGCAGCCCGGCCGGGACCUCGCCGCCCUGCCAAGAACUGCACCAGCCACAAAAACCGCAACCGAACCCUUAAGCCGGGAUCGCUGGGGCCGCGCAAAAGCGGGCACGAGUUUCCCGACUACGUGCCUGACUAUCAGCACAAAUUCAGCUUCGGCGUCAUGCCCACCGGGCUCCCGAAACGCAAAGGGAAGUGCACCCGGCGGACGCCCAUCCGUACGCCCAGUGGGGUGCAGCAGGCGGCAGGUGGCUGUGCAGGACUCGUGGCCUCGCGCCUGGCCUUUGUGCUGGUCUUGGUGGCCAUCAUGCGCUGAGCUCGGCCACGGCGGAGUGGAUCUGCACUGCGACCCGUCUACGAAGGACCAGAGUUUCUUUUCUUCUUCUUUUUUUGUACGUGGAGAAGUCUGCGGGCGCGGACUGCGGCGGGCGGGCGGAUGGAAAGGUGUUAGCACGCAUUGCGGCCAACAGCCGAGCCCUGCACCACGAGACAAAGCCAACCUUACCCAAACCGGAUCGUGGAGACCGCCGGCGACGACGGCCGGACAAAAUGGAAAAUUGCAAAUUCCCGUUGAGCGACCCCGCCGAGGACCGCAAGGAACAUAAUUGCUGUAAAAACAAUCACCAAUUAAGCCUACACUGUUUCUCUGAAAGUGAGUGUGUGGACACUUCUACUCAUUGUAUUAAGGACAUUGGUUCUCCCACGUUUUAGCCCUUUUGGCUCCAACCCCACAGGCCAACAUUGGCUGGAAAUCUCUUAGAAGACAAUCUUAAAACCCUGAAUAUCUCAGGCACUACAGCAGAACAAGGCUUGCCUGCUGGGCUUGGAGUAGCCAACUACCAAAGGAAAGACUGGUUAGAGGUGGAAUAAUUAAAACAAAGCAAAGAAAAACAAAAACACACACACACACACAAAAAAGAACCUAAGGAGAUGAAGUACCUGCGAGGAGGUGCGUUUUUUGUAACCGCGUUCACACAUCCAACAAACAAAUCCGACAAAUGCACAGGCCCUCCCCUCUCCUCAAUUAUCCAUAUGUAUGUCUUAUAAUGUUUAUAAACUAUAUGGAAACUAUAUCUUCAGAACUAA